AGGCUCAUGGGAACUGUCAGCUGCCCCAGAAGAGGCCCGUUGCGGGGGGAGGGAAAACAUCCGGGAAGCAGGCCAUAGACUAGACCAACUCCAGGGCAACAUGGCCUUCUACAGCUGUAACAUAUUCUUUGCAAUAGCCAGAUCCAGGGGAUCCCACCUGCUUGUACACUCCAGCUGCUCCCCAUUUUCCCCCUCCAUCGCAGUUGUUCAGCUGGUAGAUUCCCACCUUAAUCGAACAUACCUGAAGGACUCCGAUUGCCAGCAGCUACUCUACAGCACAAAGCAGGGCAUUGGACUACCUCUUUCACCAACGCAGCCCAUACGACUCCUUCACUCAUCAGCUCACAGGCACCAAGAGGGUCAGGACAAGCCCCAGCUUAAGCAAAGUACUGUAAAAAAGGACACUGAGGUGGUCAGUGUUCCAGUCAAAGGCGCAGAGCCUGCUGUCCCUAAGAAAUCAUUGCGGCAGAGGAUUGUGGAUGAACUGAAACACUACUAUAAUGGAUUCCACUUGCUUUGGAUUGACACAAAAGUGGCUGCCAGGAUGGUGUGGAGACUGUUACAUGGGCAGGUCCUCACCAGGAGAGAAAGGCGAAGGCUGUUGAGAACAUCUGCUGAUCUCUUCCGGCUGGUUCCUUUCCUGGUGUUCAUCAUUGUCCCCUUCAUGGAAUUCUUACUGCCUGUGUUUCUGAAAUUGUUUCCUGAGAUGCUGCCCUCAACCUUUGAAACACAGUCCAAAAAGGAAGAAAAGCAGAGAAAGAAGCUGAGUGCUAAGCUGGAAAUAGCCAAAUUCCUGCAGGAGACCAUUGCAGAGAUGGCCAGAAGGAACAAAGCUUCUACAGGAGAUGCCACCAAGCAGUUCUCUUCAUAUGUUCAAAAGGUUCGGCACAGCGGCCAACAGCCCAGCACCCAGGAGAUUGUCCAGUUUACCAAGCUGUUUGAGGAUGAACUGACCCUGGAACACUUGGAGCGGCCACAGCUAGUAGCCCUCUGCAAAUUGCUGGAGCUGCAACCCAUUGGGACCAAUAACCUCCUCCGCUUCCAGCUUCUGUUGAAGCUCAGAUCUAUUAAAGUAGAUGAUGAACUGAUUGCCAAGGAAGGUGUUAAUGGCCUGAGUGUGUGGGAGCUGCAGAGCGCAUGCAGGGCAAGAGGAAUGAGGUCGUUGGGCCUCACAACAGAACAGCUGAAGGAGCAAAUCAAACAGUGGCUCGAUCUGCAUCUGAAAGAGAAUGUUCCUCCUUCGCUGUUGCUACUUUCUCGCGCCUUAUAUUUGACGGAGGUGAAGCCCAAACCUAUUGCAGCGUCAUCAGCUGAUCCUCUGCCGAGCAAAGCUGCUGAAGAAAUGGGCACUUCUGAAAAUCAGGAGACCUUGCUGGAUUCUGCUCCCAGAGUGCAAGGAAGUAAGAGUGAAGAAUUUAUAGCACAGCCAACAGAGAAAUUACCAGUUCCUCAAAUGUCAGCUGACCCUCCUGCAAGCAAGACAAAAAUGGAAACCUCUCGGAGUAGCAAAGCCAGUGCAAAUGGAGUUUAGCUGUGCUUCCAGGAAGGACUCAGGCAUUUCAGAAAGAAAAGCCUCAUAACUUAAAUCACACUGGGGAGCAGGGUUUUUUGUUCUUUUGCGGGCCAACUCCUUCCCUCGCACAAGAGUCUGCUAUUCUUUCACACUCCCCCUGCGUAACCCAGUUUGGUCUGAUCCAGAUGUUUUUGUUAUCAUCUCAACCAGGCAAAAAGGGGACCUUGUGUUAUAGUGCCAACCUCUUAAUUUACUGUAGCCCAUGUAAUUUAACUUAUUUUUUGUAAAUAUGUAUAUAACCCACAA